GCAAAAAAUCGGCUAAAGAACGGGUUUUGUUUAAAUUGGGAUGCCAUCGAGCGAUAGUUGAGUGUGUAGACAAAUUUCGUGCUCAAUAUCCAAAUUGGCAACAUGAAGUACCGUUCCUGCUACAACGACUUGGACUACAAUAUCGAGCAAAAAAAGCGACUAAGCGAAUAUUGAAAGAACACAAAAAAACGGAUGAGAAGGAAGAGAUUUGUACCGCAACCAAAAGUGUUGCUGUGGAGGAUGUGUCGCAAAUAGUGAAAAAAGAAAUCCAAAAAGCUGCACGGAAAGAGGAAGCUCUGGAAAAGAAAAAGAAAAAAGCUGCACAAAAGACGAAGUCCAAUGAGCCGGUCGAAAAACCCGCGCCAGUUUUUGUUUUACCAAAACCACAGCUCGCCGAAGGGAAUCUCAUCAAAGGACAGGUA